GCGCGCGGGGGCGGGGGCGGGCGAGAGGUUUCUGGGCUGCGCUCUUUGCCCCGCUGCGUUGCGUCUGGCGGCUGAGGCGGCGGGACCCGGAGGAAGCCAUGGGGGCCUAUCUGAGCACCGUGAGUACCCGGCCGCCUCCCUUUCUCCCGCGCCUUGCACAGCGCUGCUCCCCGGGGACCGGCCGAGGCAGGGCGCGCCCUCUGCAAAUGGCAGCCCGGGGCGCGCGCCUCUUCCUGCCCCGCCGCGGGCGCCCAGCGCUGCAGGUUCCCCUUUGCGGACGCGCAGCGCCUUUUGCAAGGGGCUCGCCUGGGCGCCUUGCACGCAGAACAAGUCGGAGGGCAGCAUCUUCCUUUCCUGCACGUUUCUAAGAUGGUCAGAAGGCGCUGCUUGGAGGUUGCUGCGCGUUUGCAAGGGGGGCGGAAGGAGGGAGAGAUCCCCCGCGCGCGCGCACCUCGUGAGUGCAUUAAGAAAGAGAAAAAAUAGUUGGGGGGGGGGGGAGAUCGAGAGCAGGCCGGUAUGCAGAGAGAGGCCUAUUCUAUCAGCUGCUGCGAAGCUUGCAGGGCGGGGUUUGUGACUCAUCGUGCUUUGACAACUCAUAGGAAAAACACUCCGGACUUUCCUGGCGAUCACCACACUGGAAUAGAAAAAGCUUUUUGCCUUCUCUCUGUUGCUAGCCACCCAUCAGCAAUGGAUGGUUUUUAAAGUUAUUUAUAGAGCUUUGAAUUUUUUUUUUAAAAAGGGGGUGUGCCUAAUGUACUUUGAUGUGUAUAUAUACACAUCAUAAUGCUGACAGUAUAUUUUGCAUUAUUACAUUUUGGUGAGAGGCAGUUAAGAGAACAUUAUGUACCCCCAGCAGCCUGAUCUAAAGAAAAAAUAGUUUAAGAUCAAUAGCCCGAUUCAGUACAUGUUUAGUAACUCUUGGCAAGUUGUGUUUUACUCCCAAGUAAAUCUACAUUGAGUCAGUAGUGAUGUAGUAGCACUUACUCUUAAGUAAAUAUGCAUAAUGUAGGGCUGCACAUCUUGCUGGCUUUUAAUAGCUCUUACUUUAGCCAUUAUCUUAUUUACAUUCAGUGGAAUUUUUUUACGCAUAAUUGGUGCCUUUGGAAAGAGAGCAUAACAGAAGGCUAACUAUCUUGCUUACAAAAGCACUGCAGUCCUUGGAGAAAAGUGGUGGAGCACAUGUUUUGCAGGUGCAACCCCUGGGAGGCCUUGGGCAGCAGGAUUAGGACAGACCUUGAUGAAAUGCAGAGAUUUACCAAGAGUCAGGCUAUGGAGCAAGUUGGACCAAGAUCAGAGGCAUUUUAUCUCUUACCUCCUGAAGAAGCAAUAUACAGGAAUGGCACAAAUGGUGGCUUGGGACCCAGCCACACUCUCUUCAUCCACCUGCAGAUCUCUGAGGUUCCUGCUCACCAAGAGGAUUAUCAAGAGGUGCCAGGCUCCAUCCAUCGCCCAGAGAAUUGCAUGCUCCCAUACAGUUUUGUAUUAUUGCAACUUAUAAAUCAUAUUGAGGAUUAUUCAGUCAGAAGGCAGAGUAUUAAUCUUCACAAUUCAGAGAAGGAAAAGUUACCAUCACAGUUCACAGUAGUGGGGUUUAAUAACUGAUCUCAGGGGUUGUUUGUGCAUCAGCUCCAGGGCAGAUAUUUUUUGGUGACUUUUGACGGGGUUGUUCUGGAGCACCCUGUUUUGGGGAGCAUCAACACAGUGCUGGUCAUGAAGGUUUCUGCAGGCAUAAUGGGGAGGCCACAGACUAUAGAAUGGGAGAUCCACGGCAUCCUACAGACUCUCAGCCCACCCUCCCAGGGAGCAUAGGAUUACUUGUGUAUUCAUUUAAUUAAUUGAAAUUAAACAUUUACCAGAUCUUCAGUAUAGGUACUUGAUAGGUGAUCAACGUGGCGCCCUCCAGAUGUUGUGGACUCAGCACCCAUCAAUUCCAGCCAGCUUGGCCAAUGGUCAGGUGUCAGGUCCAGCAACACCCAAAGGCUGCCACAUUGCUUUGCCUGUACAGUAACACACCACAAGCAAAUUAUUUUCUGAGAAAUAGCUCCUCAGCCAUCACCAGUUAAUAUUUGUCCUCAAUUAUUAAAAUUAAGACUGAACGUUCCAUAGAACAAAUGGGCACUUAUAUAUAAGUACAGUAAUUCUCUUUGUUUUGAUUCUGCCUGGGUCUCGCUAUGCUAGAAACUGAGUUAUCAUUAUUUACAUCUCUCAUAAACAUUUUCUGUGUCUUUUGAAGUUCUACAAAACAGAACUUAACAUCACCACUUAAAACUUGGUUGAAGAGACGGGUGGUGUCUGGAGAAAUUUAAUUGGGUACUUCUGUAUUGUUUAACUUUCCAAUAUAUAUUGUGAGACAACAGCGUUUUCAUGAGAGUUAUAAAUCCUUGUGUAGCCUACUUGCAGUGGAUAUAAUAUAGCAGGCUUCCUCAACCUUGGCCCUUCAGAUGUUUUGGGCCUACAACUCGUUUGAUCCCUAGGUAGCAGGACCAGUGGUCAGGGAUGAUGGGAAUUGUAGUCUCAAAACAUCUGGAGGGCCGAGGUUGAGGAAGCCUGUAAUACAGAGUUCAGAGGGAGCACUGUAGCUUCCCAUGUAUGCGGUUCGAAGUUUUCCAUCCCGCAUGUUGGGGGCUUAGGCUUCAGGCAGCCCCCAAAGGGCCCACCGAACUUGGCAGGUGAGCAGGAAGGGGCCCGUAGCUUAGGACGGGGUGUCAGAGGCUGGAUGGCAAUUCUUUUUGCCCUGCCUUGCUCCUUAUGCUACCCUGAAGGCCACCAGCCUAGAGCUUCGAUUCUAACUCUCUGGGCUCUUGAGUGGUUCAGAGAAGCUUGCUGAACUUCACAGCUGAUACAGAUAAAUUCCUAUUCAGUUUGUUUUAAAAAGCUAAACUAGGUCACACAAUUGUAUAAAAUGAGUGAGACACCAAAACAGGAAGUUGCAAUAUAUAUGUGUUGGAGGAGUGGUACCUUCAUGAAAGGGAAGUGUGUCUUCUUGGUGGGCUACGGUUCUGGGUUCCUCAAGAAAACUACAGACCCCCACCUGGUCCCCUUCCCUUCCCAUCACCUCUCUUGUUCAUCUUUCCUUUCCUUUUUCCCCCUACUCCUGGCUUCCAGAUUUCUCCUCCUCCUCUCCUUGUAACUUUCUGCUUCCUCUCCCUUCCAAGUUCAGUCGCAACUACUCUUGGAUUUUUCUGUUGAUUCUUACCAGCAGCUCUCACUUUCGUUCCUAGCUACGUUUAAAAUAGCAUUUCAGCAUGAUUCAGGAAGUGACUUAUUCAAGGCAGCGAGAUGGUUGUUUCUGCCUUCCUUGUAGUUGUGUGUGUCUUCCUCUACCCUGUUUCACUCCAUUUUUCUACUUCCCUUUUCUCUGUUCAUUAAGUAGUCAGUAGUGGAAGAAAGUGAAAGAGAAAGGCAGCUGAGAACAGGGAAAGAGAGUGGAGAUCACUGCUCCUUCCAGUCUCUUUUCUUAACUCGCACUGUGGUCGACCUUGGCUAGCCUCUCUGGCAUGUCCAGCAGCUGAACAGCAGCAUUUUAAAGCCUCCUGCUUUUGUGACUAUUUCCCACUGCUCUCUGGCCACUUCCAGCCAGCCAGUUCCUUACCCCCUCGCCCCAGCGUUUUCCAAAGGACUGUGCUCCGGGGCAGCUGAGCAUGCUUAGCCUCCAUUGCUAUGUGUUGGGAAACCCAGCUGGAUGUGCGGGGUAUAAAUAAUAAAUUAUUAUUAUUAUUUUUCUUUUUCUUUUUUGCCCCAUUAGUUUUGAUCUUUAGUUAGCAUUUUGCUUGCACUUCUGCAAACCUUGGGGUUUUCCUGAGACAUUCCUCUUGUUUCUUGGUGACUGCUUUGACUUUCUCUCAUAUCUUUAUGUAUCCCUGUCGGUAACCUUUGCUUCCUCAAAUCCGCCUGAGCUCCCUGUUCACCUUUGAUGUCCCCUUGUGUAUUGAUGGCUCUGUAUGAGGACUACAUUACACUGAAAAUAAGUGUGUCCUUUUUGUAAUCAGCUGGAUGUAUAGAAGGAAAGAAAAAUAUAUAGAAUAUAUCAGUUAUGCAUGCUAGAUAUUAGCCACAUGUUUGUAGGAGAAAGGGUUCCAUUGCAGAAGUGACUUGGGAGGGUUGCAUCAGUUUGAGACAUUUGCAAGACGUGGUCUAUUGCAGUUGGCUUGACAGGAUGAACUUGCUGUUUUCGUAGCAGGCAUUGUUGGCGUCUUCUUCCCACCAUUCCCUCUGGCAAGUCUGACUGAAUUCCUCAGAGGGCUAAAUCUGAAUGUGCUACACGCUGCUGGGCCGCACCCUAAAGCUGGAGCCAGUAAUCCUUAGCUGACCAAGGUCCUGGUUGAAAGCUUUAAGAAGAGAAUGCUAGCUGCUCCGCGUUUGUUUCUUAAGAAGACUAAAUUCCCAGGGAAGGCAGAGAAGCCAUAUUGCUUUUUCUUCCUUGACAAUAAUAUUCUGAUGUUUGAGAUGUUGAAUGUCUUCCAGGAAACUGAUGCAAAUAUUGCGUGUGUGUUUUGGCUUCCUUCACUGGUUCUUGGUCAGGAAGAACUACUAAUCUGGAAACUUCAGCUGGUGGGAAUGUGUUGCUUGUUCUUUUAACGGAAUCUCAUGAGGCUCUUAAACAAACCGAUUCCAUGUAGCAAAACACACAUGCCCUCUUCAUUCAUAAAAUAGAUAAUAUAGUAGCAGUGCUUGAAAUUCACACAAUUGUAUUUUAUUUAUGUUUGUUUGAAGUAUUUGUCAUCCAGCAUCCACUCAAGAAGCCCAGGGUGGUUUUUAAGCAAUUGGUUGUUGUGAGUUAUCUUGUUUUAUGUGUGGCAAAUAAUAGCAUUAAAAAUCACAAUUAACAAUGAAGAAAACUAGCAAAUCAACCUAUAUGAAAUUAAUAAUAAUUGCUAUAAACCAUGAAUAACAGUGGUUAUUAAUUAAUGUUCAAUAAAUAAUAGUGGCCUUAAAUUCCUUCAGGGCACAGCUCGUCCUUUCAGGAAAUUUAUGGUUCCUGUCUUCUUUUUCUCUCUCCCUCCCGACCCCACAAAAAACUAAAAGGUAACAUGAAAACAUGCUUCAGAUUUCCCACCCUUGGAAGCAGCUGCCAAUGAAAUGAGAUAGGGAAACUUGGAAGUGCCGUGAUGCCAUAUCACACAUUUUACUGGCUAGACACAAUGAAGGGGCUUGGGGAGAAACUUAUUUAGAAUUGCUGCCAUUUGUAGCAGCCAUGCAGCUCACGCAACAGUUUGUUGUACUCUUAGAUGUUCCAGUAGGAUCUUAAGAUGUUAACCAUGCCUUGGUUGUCACGCAGGCUGCAGUGCUAAUCCAGUGGCACUGGCUGCUUUCCCUGUCUUAUGUCUUAUGUUUGAGAGCCUCUCAACAAGAGGAUAAACCAGCAAGAAUGGAUAAAAAAGUCAUUGGCCAUUCAAAGUUGACAAAACAAAAUGGCUCCCCUGGCUUAAAAUUAGAUGGUAAAGACAGCUGAAGACGCUGUAUCGUUGGCUCUGUUUGGGCAGCCUGGAGAAGGUAAGAUUGGAAGAGCAUAGAAAAGCAGUGCCAACUCCCCUAGCCUGAGAAAUGGUUGACCCAGCCUCUGAGACUAUGAUAAUAUGUUGGGGGUGGGGUGGUAAUAGUUUCUGGCAGUAUAGCAUUGUGGGUAGAAAGUUACUUUGACCAGGGAGUAUUGGAUUGGAGCCCCAAAAUUUGAUGCCAUGUCUGUUGCCUAAACACCCUGCAGGAAAGGAUUAGAACAAAAGUAAUAAAAUUUAAAUUGUAUCUGGUUUUCUGGGAGAGACAGGAUCUAGUAUAAUGGGUCACAAACAUAGGGUGGUUCACUAGUAUUAUGCGCAAAUGCACCAUGUCAACAAGACUGUAGUCAGAAUAUUGACAGAAGAGCUCUCAACUUGUCUUUUUCAAUGGGGCAUUCGGAAUAAGAGUGUUUUUAUGUUCUCCUUAAGAACCUCCUGCAUUAGUGAUUAAUUAACAUUAGUGCUAGCCCUGGGAAUAUCUGAUAUUGCGGCUAGAGGAAAUUGAUUUUUUUUAUUGCUUCAGCACCAUCAAAUGAUGCUCUGGAUAAAAUAUAUGUCUGACUUGGUGGAAUUAAUUUCAGCUUAUGUGUCCUGAUGUGUACAGGGUAGAAUAAUAGAAUUGUAGAGUUGGAAGGGACCCCAAGGGUCAUCCAGUCCAACCCUCUGCAGUACAGUACUUGCAGGCUAGGUGUCUGACUACAUCCUCUCUACAUCCGUGCCCAGCAGAGUUAGUGAAAUCUAGCCUUGCAAAAAGAGGAGGGUUGAGCAGUCCAGGGGGUGGUGAGCGCUUCAUUGCAUAAGGGGUAGUUGCUGCCUCCAUAAAGGGGCAGGGGGAACGACUCUGGACCUAGUAGAUUAUAACAUCUAUCACCCAGUUGCAGAUACCUCCUUUUGGGGGAAAGUGAUUGAGGUGGUCAUGGGAGCAUGUCUGGAUAGGAUCUGGCUGCAUUCCAUUGUGGGUUCUCUGGGCUUGAAACCAAAUCAGCAUUGGUUUUCGUGAUGGAUGACCUUUUGUAGAAAGGAGGAUGAGGGAGUGCAGCUUCUGCUGUCAGUGAUUUUUGAUACCACUGACCCCGGUAUCAUUUUGGACUAACUCUGUAGGACGGGUAUGUUGGCUCUGUUCCAUUAUUAUUAUUAUUAAUUCAGUAUUGAACAACACUUACAUGUUAGAAAGAAAGAGAGCCACUGUAUCAUAACCAAAAGACGGUCAUUCAUAUGCUCCAUACCAGCCUUUCUCAGUGUUAGGUACUCAGCUGUUAUUGGAUUACAACUCUCCUCAUCCUUAGCUAGCAGGACCAGUGGUCAGGGAUGAUGGUAGCUGUAGUCCAACAAAAGCUGGGUGUUAGAAACCAGUGUUAGAAACUCAGAUAUAGAAGCUGGGUGCCAAAUGUCCUAUUUUCAAAUGAUGUACUGACUGUGAUUGAUUCUCAUUUAAACAUCUGGCUGGUUCAGAUGACCACCUUGAGCCAGGUUAAGAGCUUUGAGAACUUAAAGAAGAAAAGUCCCUUGAUCCACAUAUAUAUUGGCCUAUUCCUACCUUUUUUUCCUUAAUGGCAACAUGGACCAUUCAUAACAAUUGUGAGCAGGGCAGUGGGGUGGGGUAGGUGAAGAGACAGCAGUUAACUAUAACGUCGUUCACUGCUCCUGCUCAGGCUGCACAGAAAAAGCAUUUUGGUUCCUGAAAUUCAUUCCAAUUGUGCAGGUGAAAUAUAACUGGGUGGGGUCUUAGUGUGUGAACACAGUCCAGAUCCAAGGAUCCACAGGCAGGCAGCUCCAGAUGGUGGAGACGUCAGGCGCCAUCCUGGUGCCCAGGAAUCUUCGCUUGGUUGCAGUCACUUGGCUGAUGGCCCGGUACAAAAUGUGCCUGGUGCCUCGGGAGUUUUUGACGCUGGAUUUAAUGUUGAGAAAGGCAGCUCCAUAUGGACACAAACAGUAAGAGGGAAAAGGAGGGAAGCUGAGGGUUAUUUCUCUAGCCGCCAGAUCUGACAAAUCACCUUAGACAGUGAAGCUCAAGCACAUUGCUCAAGACCAGUUUAUGCAGGAAUGUCUGUGUAUGCAGUCCAAAUAUCAGGACUCGCCCUGCUGCCUAUGCAUAUGGACCAGUCUUUAUAGGCCCUCCAACCACUGUACAAUAGUGGUGCAAGAUGCACUUUCCAGUAUUGAAUUGUCUGUCACUUUGCCACAAUUUCCAUGUCCCUCAGUGAGGUUCCAUAAUACCGGGAUAUAGUUCAGCAUUGCAUUUGUGGAUGUAUAUGUCAAAGAUAACUGUACAACUAGAUAAAGGUGUGUGAAGACCUCUGACGAGAACAGGGCUUUGAAUGUGGUGAUUCCAAGGUCCUGUCUUCAACGCUGCACCCACAGUUAAAAUAAUCUUAUAUAAAAUAAAUUGGGCCACUUGAAACCGUAUUGGCCCCACACCAGGGCAGAUAUAGAAGAGAAGAAAAUUAUCUUCUAUUAGAUGAACUGGGAGAAUGAAAUAUUGCAAGAUACUGAGCUUCAGGGUCAUUGUUUAGAAAUGUUUUGGGUUGUUUUUUUAGGAAUACUAAAUCUGCAGCACCUUUAAACAAAUCAUUCCAAGAAUUUUGUCUGUUGUAUGUGGGGAUAUUCUCUAGUUCCUUUGCUUUCUCUCCUUUCAUGAUGACAGAUUAUCUCUCCUGCCCCUCAGCAGUAUCUUAUAAGGAAUUAUAAACCACUAAGGUCAACCAUGCAGUUAGAUAAGUUGCCAUCAUGUAUAAUGUUCAAGAGUCACUCAGCCAAAUCUGAUAAAGAGCUUCCCUUGGAAUGAAGAGUGGAAAGCAGUUGGAGCAGCCCAGCCGCUCUAGGCUCCAAGUCCAGAUCUCAUCCUCUGAGAAAUGCCUGCUAGCCCUCAAAUUACUUCUUCAGAGGAGAGCAAUGGCAGGGUCAGCCCACCCAUGAGGCAAGGUGAGGUAGCCAUCUCAAGUGGCAGAAUCCAUAGGGGCAGCAGAUCCUGAUGUGGAUCUUUAUUCCCCUUUGUGCCUGAUGUAGAUCUUCACUCACACUUCUUCCCUGGUGGGGAGGUGGGAAUCAUUCUGUGGUUCAUCUCAGGUGCUGAAAUGUCUUGGGCCAGCCAUGAGCAAUUGUGGCAGGACAUGGUGUCAGUCCACCUGAGCAGAUGGAGAUACAGUCUUGACCACUGUGCAUCUUUCCCUCAGAGUGGCCUUGUUAUAAAACUGGUUACUGAAUUAUGGAUAAUAAUGAGCAGCUUGUUACAUGAUGCACAGAUAUCUAACACUUGAUAUUCAUACAACUUAGCAGUUAGAUACUGUGAUCGAGUCACAUGCAGCUUCACUUCUCAUCCUGUAUGAGCUGUAUUCUAUUAUUAUUAUUAUUAUUAUUAUUAUUAUUAUUAUUUAUUAAAUCCACCCAAGUUAUUUUUAAUUGCAUCCUUUUGUAUUGUGCAAGUCCAUAAUGUUUGUUUGUGCUUAAGAAGUUUUGAUCAUUUCUAGACCCUUGGCUCUGAUUCUGGCACAGAAAAGCAAAAGUCCUAGUUAACACAAACAAGACCUGUGUUUGACAUAUUUACAUCAUGGCUGCAUAAUUACAUCCACCAUUUGUUUUUUAAGGCAAACUGCUGGUUCAUAGCCCAUAAAUAGCCUAAUAGUUAGGAAAUCUAUGUGUAUGAAAUAUCAGUUGGGAAGAUAUGCAGCAUGCACACACAUUGCGCCACAGGGAGGGAUCAGGUGUGGAUGUAUGUGAAAAACAAGGGCUGGUGAUUGGGAAGAAUCAAACAGCUAUGAAUUAGCAGUAUGUACCUUGGGAUUUGGUGUGCGGUGGUGGAUCUCCUGUUUGCUUCCAUUUGUGCUAGCAUUUUCAUUCUCAUUCCCUCUCCCUCUCAAUGUAUAUAGGUAGGUACGUAGGGAGAUAGGUAUUUGUAAAUAAAGCAAAUAUUUUAAAAUGCCAUAAAUCUCCUAUGUGCUCUUGGCCAGCUAAACCCAGGCACCUGUUAGAAGUAGGAAACCUGCAGAACAAAUUACAUUUGUGUGUGUUGUUAGCAUCGUAAUAUUUACCAGAAUGUUUGAGUGUGAGCUGGGAAAUCCCCUUGGCCACAAGUUCACUAUGUGGCUUUAUAUAUCCCUCCAUUUUUCAUGUUCCAAAUAUUGGCACAACUCAUGGGGUUAUUGCAAGGGUUUGUGGAGUAGUGGAUGUGAAGCACAGGACUCUAAAAACCACUUACCUUUACAGUACAGAGGUACUAUAUUUUACUUUUUCCCUCAGGAAAAUAAAGAUUAGUUGAACUGUUGUUUUAAAAGGAAAAUUAUAAUGUAUUUAAUAUCUUAUGUAUUGCUUUGUGAUAUUAUGCUGCUAAUGUGAUGUUACUUGCUAUUUUAUUUUUUAUUUUGCUCAUAAAUGUUUACUGACGUGGGCUGUUCAUAUUUAGAGUCAUGGUAGUGAUACUGUCCUUUCCCUUUUUGUGUUGCAGUUGGGAAGAGUUGCACUCUCUCCAGUAUACUUCGUGAUCAGCUUGAUCAUGAGAAUUUUCUCUAAGCCUCUGCCUCCCAUUACCCUGGAGAAUCCAGAUGUGAAAUAUGCUCUGCGACUGAUUGACAAAGAGGUAAUAGUCGCCAUAGCUCAAUUUUUCCUCUUCUCCCCCUGCCAAGUUAAGAUAGAGAACAAAAUGUACCAGGAUUCCCAAACAAUCCAUGGAAAACCGAAGUGUGUGUCUCCCACUCUCCUUAUAAGCAUGCGUGUUUAUUUUCUAAGCAAACAGGCAGUUCUGAAACAUGGCUUGGCGCUGUCAUCUAAACCACCGAGUAUCUUGGGCUUGCUGAUCAGAAGGUCAGCAGUUUGAAUCUGCGCAACAGUGUGAGCUCCCAUUGCUCUGUCCCAGCUCCUGCCAACCUAGCAGUUCAAAAGCACAUCAGUGCAAGUAGAUAAAUAGGUACUGCUGUAGUGAGAAGGUAAAUGGCAUUUCCAUGCACUCUGGCUUCCAUCACGGUGUCCCGUUGCGCCAGAAGCGGUUUAGUCCUGCUGGCCACAUGACCCAGAAAGCUUCUAUUGACAAACCAAAUCCCUUGGCCUGAAGCGAGAUGAGCGCCACACCCCAUUGACAAGUUUGACUGGACUUAACCAUCCAGGGAUCCUUUUCCUUUACUUUUACCUCUAUCUUGGUUAUAAAUAUAUGCGGUAGAAGAAUGUAUAAUACUCAAGCAUUUGCGCCUCCCUUCAAAGCACUGACUUGCCUGCUGUUCCUUUUUCAGGAGAUUAGUCAUGACACAAGAAAAUUCCGUUUUGCCUUGCCGUCCCCAGAACACAUUCUAGGCCUUCCUGUUGGUAUGUUUUUAUUUGAAGAAAAUGAACACUUUUUGCAGUGCAGCUGCAUCUAUCUAUCCAUCUGUCUGUGGGUUUUGUGUGUGGCGGAGGAAUAGAAUGGGAACCCAAGACAUUUGGUUGAAUUGUGGGGCUUUGAAAGGAAAGAGCCUUAUGAGCAGCCCACCCAACCACUCCUGUACUAAGCCUGUGGCUAUGUUUCUCCAUUGGCAGAAGGAGUAAAGCUCAGGGGGAAAGUAUUUAUGAUCUUUUAAAAUUGUCACAGCACCCAGAAAUACUGCUGCACCACUGAGCUAGAUCUGGAUCUGGUCAAUACAUGAAUGGAACAUCUCCUGGGAGCUCAUGGCUUUAGUUUCAAUAUGGAAGGAGAAAAAGUCAGAAGGCAAUGCCAACAAGUGCAAGAAAAGUAGCUUUCAACAUUCCUGAUUCUUCACGGAUCAGUGUUUUUCUCCUGGAGAAAUUGAGUCUUUUAUACAUUUAGCUAAUCGGAAAGAUGCCCCCACCUUGCUCUUGGGACACAAGUGGUGGCAAAGGCAGAAUGGUACUGUGGUGUCCAUUGUCUUCACACAGCUGGUUUAAGGACUUGAUGAGUUGGUUUACUAUAGCCCCUCUGUCUCUAGUUGCAACACAAUUUCUUUUCCUUCUCUGGUGUUCGGAUGAUUUGUCCAGGAGAACAGUUGUACUGUUCGUCCACCUCUCUUACCACCUGGGAGCAAGCUCUAACAUCUGAGCUUGCAGAAAGCAUAAGUAUCACAACAAAGCCACUUGUUAGUCUAACUUGUUAAUAUCAACCAUGAGAAUAGGUAUGACCAUAUAGAUAGUACUUUGUGUUAUUGAUGUGUAGUAUGACCAUGGGGAAAGUUAUCCAUUCUGAAUACCAUAAAACAAGAAGAGUCAACUGUUGGUCCACAGGUCACAUUCUGUUUAGUUGAUACUCCUGAGAACCUUGGGAAAGUGUUAGAAGAGCCAGAGAAUAGUCUCAAGGUACAUAGUUUAGUUCUUGUGCCUUGUGCACACCUGGGUAGGAGACCCCCUUGGGGCUCAGUGCAGAUGUGGGCCACUCUGGUAGCACAAACCUAUACAUGUCUACUGAGAAGUAAGACCCAUUGCAUUCAGUGGGACUUAACUCCCAGGUAAGCAAGUGUAGGAUUGCAGCCUAAGUUCCUGAAUUCUAUGUGUAGGAAAGAAGUACAAUAAAUUAUUGAGCUGGCUUUAUACUGUAGAUGUUAAAUUGCAAAUGUGGAGAGGGUGAGUUGGGAAAUCUUUAGUUUUGGAUCAUUUUUUAAGAAAAAUGAAGCUCUCAGAUGCAUUUGCUGAUUUGAUCUAGAACGGCCAUAACUUAACAUAGUAUUUUGGGAGAGCAUAGAGUGGUACCAAGUAUGCUAAAGGGAUGCCAAUAUCAAGGAAAAUGUAAGCAUGUUCUUCAGUCUCUUCAAAAUAUGAUGUAUUUUUUAAACUUACUAAUUUACCUCUAGGGCAGCACAUCUACCUCUCUGCAAGAAUCGAUGGGAAUCUGGUGAUCAGGCCCUACACACCAGUCACCAGCGAUGAUGACAAAGGUUAUGUGGAUCUUGUUGUGAAGGUAAUGGCUGUUGAGAAUGAUCGCUUCAGGGCAAUAAAGCAACAAAAUUUGAAGUAUCUCGUGACACUCCGUGAAGUAUUCAGUCUCAUUUGAAACCCUCACGUUGGGCCCCUGUACAGCCAUAUGCUUGCAGUGUGGUGGUGAAACUCUGUUGAUAAUUAGUCUAGAUUUGGAAAGGGUGUGAAGUGAGACAUGUUUCUUAUCCUUGCAUUGCCCACAUAGAAAAUCUGAAACUAAUCUGAUAUAUACACUACUAUUGUUUUUUGUUUUAAAGCUAUCAUUUUUCUAUUCUCUCUCUUUUAAAUAGAUAUAUUUCAAAGGAGUUCACCCAAAAUUCCCUGAUGGAGGGAAGAUGUCUCAGUACUUGGAAAACCUAAAAAUAAAUGACACGAUUGAGUUUCGUGGACCCAGUGGAUUGCUUGUCUACAAGGGGAAAGGCAAGACUGGUUUUUAUAAAUAGCAUGGGCUCAUAGGAAACAUCUCGUUCCGUAUAUUCCAUGGGUUACCCACAUGUUGCACUUCAGAUGUUGUUGGAACUCCAACUCCCAUUAUCCCUGACCAUUGACAAAGCUGGCUGAGACGGAUGAAAGCUAAGAGUCAUGCAGUAUCUUGCUGGCUGGCCCGACUCUGUCCUGUUCCUAGCUUUCUCUUAAGUGGAAUAAGACACCAGUUGCUUUCUUAAGGAAAGCCGGCAAAACAAUAAACAAGCAUUUAAAAGAAAAGGAAAAACCAAACACUUUGUACUAGCAGCAGAGUAAACUGGAUAAUUUGGUCAGAUGGAAAGAAAGUUAGAGGGUUUCCUACACGAUGGAAGACGUGCAGAAUAGGGUCGUGUGGGGUGUGCGCUGCAGGUGCCGUUUGUUACAGACUUCUAACUCUCCUGCAGGGAGUUCCUUGUGCGCACUGGAGCCCAUUUGAUACUCUGAAUGGGGCCAAUGUGCAUAUAAUGGCACACAGCAAUACUUCAGUCAUUACUUUAGUCAUUCUGAACAGGGAUUAAGAACAUCUGCUUCCUAAAUCAAAGCAUAGUUACCACAGGAACUCUGGUCGCUUUCAGAUAACUGAAGCACAAUUUAGUGCUCAUGUGCUGUGGUGUCUUGAGCUAAAAUGUGUCUCCUCCCCUUGCUUGCUUGCAAGGAAAGAACUUGCCAGCCGUAGCAGAAGCUAUGUAAUCAGUUUCCUGGUUCAGAAUAAGGCUGGUAUUAUUACAAGCCAUGAUGUUGUUGGCAUCUCUCUGUCUCGGGAGACAAUGGAGUGCGCCUCCGCGGGCAAAGUCAAACUGUUCCAUUAGCAGCCCUGAAGUGACCUCUUUGGGGACCAAGCCUGGGCAUUGUGUCUGGGGGUCCUGGGCUGCCUCCCUCUUGGCCUUGCUGAUGUGGUCCAAAGGAAAGCAGCAAUAUGUUUGGCACCAACGUGUCAACAGGAGUGGCCAGAAACAGGCGCGCAAGGAGGCAUCUUUCAUAUUCUUGCACAUGGAGGGGGAGAGAGCGCAUGGGCCCAGUUCCUGCUACAGCACGUUCUCUCAGUGCUAAACCCUGGUAGCGCUGUGCCUUCAUGCAGCCUCUCUAGUAGAAAGGCACAGGGAUUUCAGUAGUAAGUAAACCACCACAAGAAUUGUGGAUUCUAAUGGGAAUUCUCGCAGCUGCCUUCACUCUUCCUCUCACUCUGCCUUUUCUUGCACUGGAUGGGGCUUAGCUAAUGAAUCGGUUGGCAGCUCUCAAGAUUAGUAUUUUCCCUAGCUUAUGUUUAUUUUCUCAUAGAGGGUAGUAGAGGGUCUCUACCUAUUCUGCUGAGGCAACGGGGUCUCUAGAUGUUGUUAGACUCCCGCUCUCAUUAUCCCUGGCCAUUGACCGUGCUCACUGGUGCUGAUGGGAGUUUCUGUGUAACAGCAUUGGGGGGGCACAGGUUGCACAUGUCUAGGACAAGGUUUUCUUCCUCCAGUCUCCUAGUUAAGGGUGGGGAAAUUGUGGCUCUUAUCAACUUCUAUUUCUAGCCAUAAAACCACUGUUUAUGUCCUUUCUUGAUGUUUCCACAGGCGUAUUUGCUAUUCGUCCUGAAAAGAAAUCUGAACCGGUUCUUAAACAUGUCAAAUAUGUGGGGAUGAUAGCAGGUGGAACAGGUACAAAAUAGAUUGUUUGCUGUCUUUUGUGUAUUGAGUUUGUUUGUGUUCUCUAAGAGGUGGCUUUCUUUGUUUGACUCUGCUGUGGCUGGUUUUCCUCCCCUCCCCCCUUCUCUAAAGGAAUUACCCCCAUGUUGCAGCUCAUUCGGGCUAUCAUGAAGGAUGAAGAGGAUCCCACCAUUUGCCAUUUACUCUUUGCUAACCAGGUAAAUAGACGUCCCUAUUUUUAUUUUUUGUGGAUGUUAAUCUGAAGGAAAGGCAGGAUUUUGGCAGGGCUAAGAAAAGCAAAGUGGUGGUGUUUUUUUAAAGGGACAUAUUCAUUGAUGUUCAGUGCAAUCCUACACGUUUACUUGAGAAUAUAUUCUAUAAUUUACAAAGGACUUUACUCCCACAAAAGUAUGCAUAAACUUGCAGCCUUAUAUUUCCCCUUUUUGUACUGCUCGGAGCAGCUUGCAUUGGGUUCCCACAGUGUUCCAUCUCAGAAGGUUUCUGGACUCCUCCAUGGCUUCAGCAGUAGAACUAGGUCAUGUUCCUUCAGACCAUGCCAUGGGCUAGGAGUGGGAAUCUUUGGCCCUCAGGAUAUUGCCAAACUGUAAGCACAACCAGUGACAACGGGAGCGGUACUUCAGUAAUAUCUGGAGGUCAAAGGUCUUAGAUCAACAUUGAGUUUCCAGACGUUGUUGGCCUUACAACUCUUGGCCAGUAGAUGAGAUGAUGGUAGUUGAAGUGCAGCAACAUCUGGGAACACAAAGUUGAGGAAGCCUGCUCUAGACCAGGGUGGAGAACCUCAAGCCCAGGUGCUAAGCGUGCCCCUCCAGGCCUCUCUGUUGGCCCUGGGACUGUGCCCAGGCUGCAUUCUCUCCAUAGGCCACAUCAUUUGCUAGUGGCACCAUUUCACAUCUUUAGUGCUUUUGCCUGGAUGGAAUGUGCUCUUGAACUGUGAAAAGAGGCCUUGCCUGUGCGGAAAGAGGUACACAGAAAUCUCAGCCUACCAUGCAGAGGUAAAAAUUGCACUCAUUGCUCCACCCAACCUUCACUCAGACCCCACCCAGCGUGGCCAUGGCCCACAGAAGGCUGCCCACAAGACAAUGUUGCCCUUGGACUGAAAAUGAUUUUCUACCCCUGCCUUAGAUCUUGGAAUCUUUUGUAUCCUUGCUGAUGUGAAGAGACUGAAUCUAGCUGUGAUUUGUGGUGUUUUCAUACUCAGUUGUGCUUGACGUCUGUAUUGGGAUGAUAUAUCAAGCUACAUGCGUUGUUAGUCCAUCUUAAAUCUUUUUUACACCAAAAUAAAAGUAGCCCCAACACUAAGUAAGUGUGCCCUUAAAUUGCAGCCUACCCCCAAUAAAUUUAUCUGAAUUUAGUUUUCUCCACAGGGUGAUUUACCAAUUUUAAUCCUGUAACGUAACCUUCAUUGAUUUUUAGUAACAUGCUUCUGUACCUCCCAAGAUUCCUUCUGCAUUAUUUACCCUCCAUUGUGGCAUCUGCCUUGAGAUAAUCCCAUCCAGAAAUAGGUGUCUUCUCCCAGCAACAACAGGUGCAGAUGAAUCUUUCCUUGCAACCCUAAAUAUAGCCUUUUGUUUUGUGCCAAAUUCCUUUGGAUGGGUAAUAUUGCUCUCUUUCAUAAGGCAGUUGCUCUAGUCACUUGAUCAUUUGGGUUGCUCUUUUUCCAGCUCUACAAAAUACACACGUACUGUAUACAGAUGUGCACAUCUAUAUAAUAUUGAUAAGCAACUGAUGUGGUUUCUUCAGUGUUGCCUAGCUGCAAAAGAUACUGAUGCUGGGAUGGGAAGAAGCCAUGUGAUAUUUAUGCUUCUUUUCUGUAAGGAGUUCCUGUCCCCUCAGAAUGACUUGUCAUCAUUAGCCUUCCCUGAAUUCCUUCUGGCUGGCUAGAUGAGGCCUGUCCAAGUCACAACGCCCCAAGCUGAAGGGAGCCCACCAGGCAGAAGCCAAGGCCUGCCUGGAGCUGCGUUGUGUCUGGUGUGUCAAGAGUCUUAACAGAUGAAACCUGAAGAAGUGUCCCUUAUGGUGCUUUGAGAAAGUAGAGGGUUAUGGGCAGGGUGGAACAUCACUAUAUAAUUUCUUCCGACUUCUGGCAUUAUCAAACCAUGAUAUCAAAGUUGAUGGCAUGCAUCACAGCUAGACCUGUUUUGUUAUCCCUUGCUACCAAGAGUCCAGUCAGACCUCAAGCCAUAGCCUCAUGGAAAAGUGCGGUGAGAUGACAGCUUUCUAAUUUACGCCUGUUACUGUACUUCCCUCUUCAUUUACUGGUUUGGGAGUGGCUUUUACCUAGUCUUUUAAAAAAGUUUGUACAGUGGACAGCACAGAGCUACAAAAAAACACCCCCGUUGCUCCUUUUUUUUCUUGGACAGACUGAGAAUGACAUCCUGCUACGCCCAGAACUUGAGGAAGUGCAGGCUCAACAUUCAAACCGUUUUAAACUGUGGUACACGUUGGAUAGAGCACCUGAAAGUAAGUCCCUUAUUCUAUUAUGGUUAUUAUCAUCUUAGUUGUCCAUCUAAAAAUAUGUUUGUAUCUUUGCAAAUUUAUGUAUUGUACAAGUACACCUGUUAAGUGAGCCAGGAUUGGUGGUGGCUCCGUGUUGAGUGCAUGCAAGAAAACUCCAGUUUGCUGCGACAAAUGCCGGGGGGGAAAGAGACUUUUGUGGAAAAUGUCUUCCAACUGUAAUCACAGAAUUGUAAGCUGGCAGGGACCCAGAGGGUCAUCUAGUCCAAGCUUCUGCAAUGCAGGAAUCCUGCCCACAGCUGUCCCUGGGUGGACUUGAACCACCAACCUUCUGGUUAACAGACCCAUUGCACUGAUCCAUUGCACCACUUGAAGACGAUUGGAAAUUCAUGAUGUAAUAGAGAUGAGUCAAUGUUUGUGACUAACGACCUUUUUAAAGUUAGUUGACAAUAACUUCAUGCAUUAGCACAAUGACUCCUGAAUAUGUGAAGAGGCUCAUUAGAAAUGGGUUUUGGGUAAAAUGAAAUUUCUGUCUGCAGUGUUGGACUCAUUCACACUUGCUCACUAUCAACUGGUUCACAAAAUACAGUGAGCCCAAACUAUGGCUCACUACUUUGCUCCUACUGAGACAAGAACCAAUAUUGACUAGUGAGGAGAGAGCUUACUCAUGACUCCUGGUUCAGACAACAGUUAAACCUUGGCUUAACUCAGUGUCGUGUGUGAAUCAGCCAUUCUGUUCUUCAGCACCAGCAUAGGAUUUUCUCCGCAUUGACUUUGUCUGGGAAUUAAAAUCUUCAUCAGAAGCCCUUCUCUGGUGUGCCCUCCCUUGGUAGAUUAGGUUGGUAGUAACAACAGAAAGGGCCUCUUCGCUGGGGCACAGGAUUUCCUCCGUCUGUGUGCUCACCUGAUUCCUUAUUUGUUAUUUUAGGAACUAGACAAAGUUUGCCCUUUUAGGCUUUUAAUGGCAUUUAAGCAUUGUAUUUGUUCUUACCGUCUAAUUCUUGUUGUUUUAGUGUAUUUGAUUUUUAAUCACCUUGAAGAUUCUUCUUUUUUGACAGCAGAAUAAAAAUCCAUGAAUACAAAAUGUAUAUAUACAUUUAUUUUCUUUGGUGUCUGUAGAUACUACAGUGUCUCAUUUUUAACAGAUAACUUGGAUUGUGGUCUUUCCUAAUUAGGUUGGGAUUACAGCCAAGGAUUUGUGAACGAAGACAUGAUCAGGGACCACAUGCCCCCGCCGCAAGACGACGUUCUCAUCCUGAUGUGUGGCCCCCCUCCAAUGAUUCAGUAUGCUUGCAUUCCCAAUCUGGAUAAAUUGGGAUAUUCCAAAGAGAUGAGAUUUGCGUACUAAAGGGGAAUGGAGGCACGAUAAAAUCAGAAUGUGUAAGUGGGGGAAACAAUGGAUGGAAGUGCAGGGAACAGCAGGGAACAAGGCAGAAAAAGUGCCUGGGGCCUAGAGGUGUGAAGCUGCAUUCAGAGAGACUGCCAAACUCUCUAUACAAGUUUGGUGUCUUCUUAUUAGUGACACGCUGAAAAUUCUGUAAUGGAUAUCUGUGUUGUAUAUGGUAUCUUUAGCUUCGCUAUGCUUAACAAAUCUGUUGUAAGGCCACUGGAUUAACUCUUUCACAAUAGAUAGGCAAAAUGUAGCCGGCCUCUUGCAUCACCAAAGAGUUUACUGAUACAGCAUGCGUGCGUGAUAUGCAACUGUCAAGCACGCUUAUUAUGUGAAGGAAGAGUUUUCUUGUCACGAAGCUAUACAAUGAGCAGUUUAAGCAUAGCUGUAUUAAAUACACACUGAUCAAUAAUUGAAAUUUCAUUAUUGCCUUUAUUUGAAGAUUGGUGGUUUAGCCAGUUUGGGGGCGGGGGGGGGGGGGAGUGUUGCUUAGUUAAUGAAAAUACAUUAGAAACCUCUGUAUAUUGAGAACACACAACUGAUUUAUUGUCUCACUACAGAGCAAUGUCUUCCUUAAGUUUCUCUUGCUAAUCAUUCCCAAGUAAAGCUUUGUACACAAGUGUUCCUUAAAAUGCUUCCAACCUUCUUUAGUAGUGAAGUGUGUAAAACAGCCCAGUGCUAAACACAUUUCCGUGGAAAUAAGUCCCACUGAUUUUUUUUAAAAUGGUAUUUCAGUUGUAAUUGUUUUUGGGAUGUCGGUCACCUUUGGAAUGCUGUGGGACAUCGAACAAUUACUUAAAGCUCUAAGUGUGUGUCGUAUAUAUCUUCUUAAACUGUAAGCUUUACAACUGCCAGAAGAAGACUUCUACAAAUUCCUGAGAGAUGUGGGUAAUACCUAUUAACUGCAGAGGUAUCGUGUGCAUUUUAACUAAUCUUUUUAUAUCGAUCUUUUUAUACGUUGCUAAAUAGCGUUGUUAAAUAAAUUAAAAUUCUGUGGCCAGAUUCCCCCCAAAAUUAAUUCCACUGUGUAUGAAGAUGUGUGUGUGAUGAGGUCUUGCAUUCCCAAAUGAGUAAGUUCUAGUCUCUUCCAGACGUCCUUUUUUUGAUCUGCACUGGGACAUUGGGAUAAAAAGCCACAUUGAAAUGAAGGGAAAACUCUUUUGGCAGACUCAUUAAAACUAGAACUGCAGCCUAGCACCCCUCCCUAUGCCUGUGUAAUGAGUGGUUUCUCCAUCCACCUAGAGAGAGCAGGCUCCGGAGUCUGAACAUGCUUCUCUCCUGUCCUGUAUGCUGAUUCUAAGGCUCUUCUGUAUCUUGCCCUGAAGCAUCCUGUGGGUUCAGUUGAUCAAUUCCAGGACUCCUGCGAGGCAGUACCAUACUUGCCCUUAUUGGGAGUGUUUUGAGGAACAAAAGUAAGCCACUACAUAUAUUUGCUGAAGUCUUUUGAGAAGGGAGUGGGAGGGGUUGCAGCCUGAUGGAAUGCUAGUCAGGUGUGCACAACUUAGGACCUGCUAGUGGAAGAGCAAGAGGCUGAAGAAGAUAGAACAAAACACUAGAAUGGUUUUACUUCUGUGUGUGCUAAAUUCAUUGACUGAAACAACUCUUGCGGCAGAAAAUAAGCAAAGUCCAUGUAACUAUCUUUUUGCUUAAUAUUUUUGUAUAUCACUGUGGGCAAAAGGAACCUUAACUUUUUAAUAAAUGUAUUAUUUGAGGUGUUGAACAGCUCUGGCUCGCCUCACACAAACUGUUCUGUAGGACACAUCCUACCUGUUCAGCUAUUAAAUUUUCCAACUGCGACAUGGUAGAAAUAAAACUUUUUUUGCUUAUCAUUUACUGAUUUCAUGUAUGUCGUCUUACCUUAAUGUUGGACUAAUUUUUAAAAAAAAACCAAAAAACCAAAGGUGAAAUAAAUGUUCUCUGACAUGGCUCACAAAAGAGAACACAAAACAAUAAUAAUAAUUUAUUAUUUCUACCCCGCCCAUCUGGCUGGGUUUCCUCCUGGGUUUCCUAUUUCUGGGGAAACAGUUGAAAUGGCACUGUAUCCAGCAGAGCCAGCAAGAUAAAAUAAUAGAAGAGUUGGAAGGGACCAUGGGGGUCAUCUAGUCCAACCCCUGGCAAGGCAUCGAGUUCAUGUCCCUGAGAUUUAAGAGUCCCAUGCUCUACCAACCAAGCUAAGUCAAGAAGUCAAACAUAUUAAUACUGUAAUGAUGGGAGAUUAAUUCAGCAACAGCAGGAGAGACCAAGGUUGGUUGCAUGUGAACCACACUAAUGAAAAGCUCUAGAGAAUUCAAAGCUUGCACAGACCUUGGUUGACCUAAUAAACAGCAAGUCAGAUGAACAGACCUUUCUGCAGUAUAAUUAACAGCAGGCAUUGGAGACCAAAUGGAGCUACUCAGAAGGCAAUUAUUCUAUUUCAAUUAUUUAAAGCUCUUUCAAGCACAUUUUCUUAAUCCUUAACUACUCCAAAGUACGCCAAUGUGAUUACCUCUGUAUCACUACUAGCUAGAUCAUGGGGGUGGGGGGUAAGAACAAGUUACUUAACUCUGUCCAGUCUGUCCAACUAUAAGCAGUCAGUCCAUCUGUCAGUCCAUAUUUCUGUUCCAGGGGGUUCUGAUUCACACACCCUCCCUUUGAUAGAUACAUGAUGAAUGGGAGUUGAGGUACCAAAAAUCCUACCUUAAAAAACAUGCUCUUCCACGCAAUGGGGACUGGGUGUAUUUAUAAAUUGGAAAAUGUCUGGUCUGGCAGCCUCUUGCCUGUGGUCCUUGCCCCAUCUUGCAGAUAGCUACAAUACCCUUUAGACCACGUGUACAUGACUAAGAAGUUCCCAACAAGGGGACACAAAUUCCAUUCGCAACAAAAUUAACAGCUCCUAUAUUCACUCCUCCGUCUGCCUGCAGGGAUAAUGGCAGGAUCAGCUGAGUCAAGCAAGAGCCAUUUCCUACUCCCACCUCCCCCUUUUUAUAGCCUUUAGAGCAGAGGAAAUGUUUUGCCAGUGUGCACCAGGCUAGCUAAAAAUGGCUCUUCCUGGUCAUCUGAUAUUUCUAGGUAAGCAGUACAGCUUAACAGCUGCCAUUUAUAUAUUAAUUUGGCCUAUUACUGUGUGCAGCUGCUGACUUGCACCAUGAUUUGGCUUAACCGGAGAGGAAACCUGACAACAGGAUUGAAACUGUCUUGCCUGUUGCAGCAUGCCUUACAUGCAAUAGGAUGAUGAAACCAAAAUCAAAAUUUGCAGGGAGCAGAUCAUCAUUUUCUCAGUCCCAGUUCUUUGUAUACAAAUAAAAAAGCAUAUAAGAAGCCACAGAGCAGUUAUAAAACACACAUCACACAAGGUUUGUUAUGUAAAAAAGGAACAUAAACAAAAGUAGUUUUGAGGUGUGCUUUUUUAAACCCUCAUGCUUCACAAGUGUCAACUAUGAAGAAAACGAAUGAGGGGAUUAAACCAUUUCAUUAGUCCUGCAUGCCCAUGGUAAAUCAGACACCUGGAGUAUUUAAAAAGAGGCUGUCAGAGGUUUGCCAUAUGCAAGGAAUUUCCAAGAACUGUCCUGUGGCCUUGGUGGAAUUAACAGCCCCCCAACCACCUCGUGAGCGAAAGGGGUGGACAUCCAACAGGCCACCAUAAAGUUACCCCCUAACCUGGACUGUAGCCAGAUGGGCUGCAUUUACCAGGAACACCUGUUCCACUGAUUUUCUAUCACAGUAUCAUAUCUUACUGAUACAGGAAACCUGGACCAGGGAUGACAUAUCAUUAAAUGGAUACCUCUCCUUUACAUCUGGAGCUGAACUGGGGAAGAGGCAUCGCAGAGCAAAAGGGGAAUUAGGGAUCCCACAAGAUGAUCAAACCUAUCCAUUCUUAAGGAAAUCAGCCCUGAGUGCUCACUGGAAGGACAGAUCCUGAAGCUGAGGCUCCAAGACUUUGGCCACCUCAUGAGAAGAGAAGACUCCCUGGAAAAGACCCUGAUGUUGGGAAAGACUGAGGGCACAAGGAGAAGGGGACGACAGAGGACGAGAUGGUUGGACAGUGUUCUCGAAGCCACAAACAUGAGUUUGACCAAACUGCAGGAGGCAGUGGAAGACAGGAGUGCCUGGCGUGCUCUGGUCCAGGGGGUCACGAAGAGUCGGACACAACUAAACAACAACAGUUUCUAACAACAUCAGCUCCACACCAAGGCCCCUCCCUUCACUUAAGACAUACACCAUGGCUACUCUGUUCCAUCUUAACAAGCAGGCUCUGUUAAUUAUCACUGAAAGAUGUUAGUAGAGUGCACACACAAGUUUACCAGAAAAAUUUCAUUUAGGGUAUCUGUGGCUAGGUGGGAUUUGCUUUGUGGAUCUUCAAAGCCAAGAUACUCUUUUAGCUUUUGAGACGCAUAGACCCCUUCUUGGCUAAAAACAUCUCAUAUAACCAGGACAUCAGCCUUAUUCUCUUGGUUUCUUUCCUGUGAUACUUUUUGGCCCAUCUUCUUGUCAAGGGUGGAGCUUUAAUUCAAGAUGCCCUCAAAGUAGUAUAUUUUUCCAGGCUAACAUAUAAGUGGUAUUUCCCCAUUGUUUUACAGCAGAAAAUUCACUAGACACAAAACCUUGCCAUGCAAAUUAGUCACAACUUCCUGAGUGCCAGCACAAAACUGGGCGUCCCCUGCUCCACCUCAGCUAACAGAAAGCAGUUGAAUGGGCUGGGUCAUUUUCAUUUCUGAAGUGCCAAUACUUCCUUUGUGCUUUAUGCAUUUUCCAUUCCCUUUGCUGCUAACAUUGGCAGUGGCAAAUUUACCAUACCCUAGUGUUUAAAAGUCCAAACUAGGGAGGGUGGAAGAAUAUGAAUGUUUCAAAGCAGCCACCCACUUUUCUGUUGUGAGGGUAGUUCCAUUUCAUUGGGCUGGCCCGUCAGACACACAAUGCUUUAUUCAAACCAGAACGCUUAAGAUCACCAUAAGUUAUUUAAAGGUUUAUUGCUUGCAAUUUUACACAGUUACUUGGGUGUAAACCCCGAGAAAUCAGUUGGACUUCCUUUUGGAAGAUUUCAAAACUAGGGUGGCAAGAAACAUCUGAGUUAAAAACUACUACACUGACGUCUGCCAAUUUCUACUGUUUCAGACAAACAAUUCCAUGACCUUUGCUUCAGUCCAUAGCAAUUCUGAGAAUGAUUGGGCUACCAUAAGAUGAAUCAGAAACUAAUGUCCCGGCUAUGCAACACACAGUAUACACAAUAAAUCCAAUAUGGCUGAACUAUC